AUGCACGAAGCCGAAGCGGGCGUGGCAUACCGCGGCGCGAACGCGACCCGGUACGUCAACUACACGACGGUGACGGGCAUCUUUGCGCAAGACGACCCCGCAACGGACGCGUCCAAUUUCGACUACGCAACCAGCAACCUCGGUCUCCUCAACCGCACCUACCCCUCAGACGCGCUGUCCUCCAACGCCAGCACGACGCAAUGGCAGCGCCUGUACUCGUACAUGAACUACCUGCAAGCGCAGACGCCGAGCAACGUAGCGUACAAGCUGUUCUUCGCGGGGCGGCAUGGCGAGGGCGCGCACAACGUCGCCGAAGCGUUCUACGGCACCGAGGCAUGGGACUGCUACUGGAGCCUGCGCGACGGCAACGAGACGUCGACCUGGGCCGACGCGAAGCUCACGCCCACGGGGAUCGCGCAGGCGCGCGUCGCGCACGACUUCUGGGCGCGCGCGCUGAGGCCCGAGGUUGGUGCGCUGGCGCCUCAGAGCUACUAUGUCAGUCCUUUGGCAAGGUGUCUGCAGACGGCUGAGACGACGUUUGCGGGCCUGCAGCUCCCGGAGGAUAGCCCGUUUAGUCCUACGGUCAAGGAGCUUCUGCGCGAGACUAUUGGCAUUCAUACGUGCGAUCGGCGGAGCAGCAGGACCUGGAUCGCUGAGAACUAUCCCGCGUGGGAGAUCGAGAAGGGGUUUGCGGAGGAGGAUCCGCUGUGGAAGGCGGAUGUGCGGGAGAGCUCGUCUGCGCAAGUCCUCCGCCUCAAAACCCUCCUCGACGACAUCUUCGCCCACGACCCCAACGACGUCGUCUCCCUGACCAGCCACUCGGGCAGCAUCCGCGCGCUGCUGGCUGCCGUCGGCCAUCGCGAGUUUUCGCUCGCGACCGGGGGCGUGAUUCCGGUGCUUGUGCGCGCGGAGACGGUCGAGGGCGCGCCGCCGAAUCGGACGGUGGAGCCGGGGACCGGGCCGCCGACGUGUGGGGCCGGCGUUGUGGUACCUACUGGGGAGGCUUAG